AAUUGUGUCAUCCUUUUAAAUUAAUUUGUCUUAUUUUAUCAUCUAAAAGUUAGAAAGUUUUUUGAGUAUCUCGAAUGUGGCAGAGACAGAUUAGAAGAUGUUCUUUGAGGGAAUCCAUCAAUGCCGUUGAAGCCGAUAUUCAUCAUGCCAACACUUUGGUGGCUGCUCUUCCAAGAGAUAUAAGAGAGGAUAAUUGUUUUAUUCAAAUGAAAUUAUCUUUGAGUCCAUUUGCACCAUUAUUGAUGUCUGUACUAGAAUGGAUGGAUUGCAGCUGUUUCGACACUUUCCUCACUUGUUUAGGUCUCUUUCACGUCCUUGUCUACCAGGUAUACGUUGACGACAUGCCGAUUGCAAACCCAGAAGAAAGGCGAGCGUCCCUCCGCGAAUUCUACGCUGUGAUAUACCCCAUGCUAAAGCAGCUCGAAGGGAAUCUCGAGGGACUAACGCAGGCGCCAGACGACAACGUAAAUAAGGAGGAGGACGAAGAAGAGGAAGAAUGUGGGAUAUGCAUGGAGAUGGAUUGCAGAGUUGCACUCCCCAAUUGUGGCCACUCUAUGUGCAUCACAUGCUUCGAGGAGUGGUACGUUAGGUCGCGGUCGUGCCCCUUCUGCCGAGGCAGCCUCAAGAGAGUCACCUCGGCCGAUCUUUGGGUUCUAACAAGUAGGUCUAACGUGGUCGACGCCACCACUCUUGCUAAGGACAACCUCAGGAGCUUCUACCUCUAUGUUCAAAACUUGCCUCUUUUGGCAUCCCACCAAGACAGCUUGCUCAUGUACAAUUAUCUCAUCUAGUUGAUUUAAUGUGUAUACAAAGAUUAUGUACAGAUUGCUAUUAGUGGCGGAUCCAGAAUAUAAUUUUAGAAGGAGCCUAUCGAUUAGGUUGAAAUAGUUUGUAGCUUGAAGUAAACCAACAAGGGAAAAUAUUUUUUAA